GCUAUUUGUCAACUCCUUGUUCGUCUCUGUGGCGCAACUUCCAAUUCCAAGCUUUUGCCAAGACCGAGGGCUUUCCAGAAUAAGGAUCCUUUACAGGCUUGGAGUAUAAGCACACUCCUCCUCUGCGACUGCGCGGCAUGCAGUCCAUCAACCGUUUCCUUUAUGGCCCCACUCCAGAAGAGAAGGUUCGUGCAUGGCAAACGAAGCUACGCGCCGAGAGCAGACAUCUAGACAGGGAGAUGAGGCAGCUGGACGCUGCAACCAACAAAGCUCGCGCAAUUGUCAAACAACUUGCCACCAAGGGAGAUGUCAAGUCAGCACGAAUACUGGCCAAGGAGGUGGUCCGUAGCAACAAGCAGAAGGACAGACUAUCAGUGAGCAAGGCUCGCCUUGGUUCAAUCGGGCAUCAGCUCUCACAACAACUGGCGAUGAUGAAAGUUACGGGGUCACUGCAGAAGUCUACAGAGAUUAUGAAGCUAUCUAAUUCGCUAGUGAAAUUGCCUCAGAUAAGUCAGUCCAUGCGUGAGAUGAGCAUGGAGAUGACCAAGGCUGGGAUUAUGGAAGAGAUGCUGGAUGACACUCUGAACAUGGAUGAGGACGAUGAGCUAGAGGAGGAGGCCGACGCUGAGGUUGACAAAGUUCUAUUCGAGCUCACUGAUGGUAAGCUAGGUGAAGUGGGUCAAGUUGGGGCAGAUCUUCCGUUGCUAAAGGCGCAGGAAUCUCUGCAAGACGAGGAAACAGAGCGCACCAUGGAACAAUAUCGGCAGCAGCUCAGUGGAUUGCUUAGUGGUUGAAGCGCCAACGGCAGGGAGGAUGUUUCAUUCGGGGACAUUUGCACUUUUCCAUCUUAUCACAAAGCCCGCUCGUUUUCCGGUCUCAUUGUAAGUACUAUAUCUAACUAGGAAUUACAUACAGUACUUGUAUAGUACUAUGCAUGGGUGAGUGUAUGCUAAGGCGUGU